CGGAGGCUCGGGGUGCGCGAGCCUCCCGGCGCUGCAAGCCACUUCCGCCAGCUACCCAACUGGCCGGGAAUAUCUGCCCCCGGCCGGUCCGUGCCUGCCGGCCCGCGCCUGCCGGCCCGCGCCUGCCGGCCCCUCCAGCGCCGCCCUUCCUACGUGACCCAGGGGCUGCGGUGAUGGACUGGCCUCUUUCGGAUCCGACAUUCUGUGUCUGUCCCUUCUUUUCUCUCAGUCUCCACGCUUGCGCUCUUUGAUUAUGCUUCUCAAUUCGUCCCUCGUUGCCUACACUCCCGUCGGCUGAGGCUUGGGCAGAGUUCGGAGCGACCCAGUUUGGGAUGGAGCUGCAGGUUAAGGUCCCUCGAUUCCCGCGAAGGCUCCUCUAGGAGCCGCUCAGAAGAACCUUCUCUCCCGUUGCAAGGCUUAAGGACUCGGGCCAGGUCAGACUGUGGAGGCCGGGGCCCUGGCCACCCGAGGAAGCACCUGACGAGAGUCCUCCUGGGCUCGCCAGGGCCCAACACAGGGUUUCUCAGGAGGGGCAACACUGGACCAACUUUUCAUUCGUUCGUUCAUUCAUUCAUUCAGUCAUUCAGCAAGCAUCCGACUUUGGGUACCAUUCACUGUCUUAGGUCCAGAUCUGCUUCAGUCAGUUACGAUUCUGAGGGUGUCCCAGAAAAAUAUCUGAAGAUAGCCACUCAAGAAAACACCAUGAAAGAUACUGACAUCAAGAGACUACUAUAUGUCCAUCUAUUAUGCAUAUUUUCAAUUAUCCUAAGCAUCUUCAUUCCAUCAUUCUUCUUGGAGAACUUCUCAGUACUGGAAACACACUUGACAUGGUUGUGCAUCUGUUCUGUUUCUGUAACUGCCGUCAAUUUAGUAUUGUAUUUAGUAGUGAAACCAAAUGCAUCUUCUAAAAGAAGUUCAUUAUCAUACAAGGUAACCAGAUUUUUGAAAUGCUGUAUCUACUUUCUUAUGUCUUGUUUUGCCUUUCAUGUAAUUUUUGUUCUAUAUGGAGCACCACUAAUAGAGUUGGCGUUGGAAACAUUUUUACUCGCAGUUACUUUGUCCACUUUUACUACUGUACCUUGUUUAUGUUUGUUAGGACCAAACUUCAAAGCAUGGCUAAGAGUUUUCAGUAGAAAUGGGGUUACAUCCAUUUGGGAGAAUAGUCUCCAGAUCACUACAGUUUCUAGUUUUCUAGGAACAUGGCUUGGAGCCUUUCCUAUUCCACUCGAUUGGGGAAGACCAUGGCAGGUUGGUUUCAACUCUUUAAAGCAACAAAGUCGAUGUUUGUACAGUGAUGGUAAAACUGAUGAAGCUAACAAGAAUGGCCCAUCUCCUGCACGCUUGGAGCGACCUUUGGCUACGUGGCUGGCCUUGUUACUUCACCACUCUGGAUAUACUGGAAUAGAAAGAAACUUACAUACAAGAACAAUUAAUUGGAGCAAAGGGAGAAGAUAUUUCUUUGUGCAGAUUCCAUAAAGACUGUGCAGACAUGUAUAUGGUCUAAGCCAGGCAGUUCCACUUAACAGCACUGUUUUUUAUAUAGUUACAACAUGAUGUGAUUGUAGCUUUUUAAACUAUGAAACCCCUGAGAGAUUGUACCUUCUAGUUGAAAUAAAGUAUUUAUAAUAGAUUGUGGCUUCA